AUGGACGAUCCUGGACCUUCUUCGACAUAUUAUCGAUCUUUCGCUUCCACCGCCGAUGGACCGAUACAUCCACCUUCACCACCUCAUUCCCCGCUUUUAUCAGCGACCGUCCCCUCCCAAUCACACGAACGGGACCUGUACGGUCUCCUGAACCUGUCCAGAGAAUCAAGUGAUUCGCAAAUUCGAGAUCGAUAUAGAUCAUUAGCCACCACGUUUCAUCCUGACAGACAAAGAAAUGAUCAUGAUCGACUAAUAGCACAUAGUCAAUUCACGGAAAUUCAACGUGCUUAUGAGAUACUUAUAGAUCCUACGAAAAGGACGAUAUACGACCUGUUCGGUGAAGAAGGAUUGAAAACAUCAUGGGAAAUAGGACCUAAACAUAAAUCACCAGAAGAAUUAAAAAGGUUUUUCAUUUCGCAAAAAAAUGAAAAAAGAUCAAUGGAAAUUGAAUCUUUCAUAAAACCAAAAUCGGAUAUUGAAUUAGUGUUAGAUUCAAGAGCUGUUUUCUUACCCAGAUCGUUUUGGAAAGAUCCAUCUAUUGCCAAACAUGAUUUGGUUUCUAGGUUGGGCAGAGUCAGAACGGGAAGGAUAGUAAUGAAACAUUCUUUUGAAGCUCCUUUAUCAGAUAAAACCCAAUUGGUCAUUGAAGGUCAGGCAAUGACUAGGAACGGUAGAGGUGGUGCGAACGUUUUAGGUACAAUAAAACAUCAGUUUUCACCUAGGUUAUGGAUAGAAUUAAGUACAAGCGCAUUACAACCUAGAGUAGGCAGAUUAAAAGGUACUUGGACAAUAGAUGAAGAUCAAUAUAUAACUUGGAAUAUCGUACAACAAACUUUGGGUUCACCACCUCAAGUAGGAGUGACAUUAGGAAGAAGAUUAUAUAGUGAUAGUACUGGAUUCAUAUCAUAUGAAUCAGGAUCCUAUGCGAUCGGACCAUGGGGUGCACAAACACCUCUAUCAAUCCCUUCAUCUCUUUCAGUAGGAAUCACAAAUACGAAACGCGAUGGAUCAGGAUGGACGAUCCAAACAACAGCUGGAUUGGCUUCAUCACGUAUAGCCACCGAUUGGAGUACCAAAAUCCCCGGUGGAGUCAAAUUGAAAUUCGGUGUAGAAGCUGGAUUGAAUUCAAGUCCAGCAUUAUUCAUUAAUGCAGAAGGUAAAUUAACCGAAAAUGUAAGAGGUGGAAUUAUAUUACAAUGUGAAAUAGGUGGUGGAAUAAUCAUGAAAUUCAAGAUGAAUCGACUAGGACAACGUAUAUCCUUACCUGUUCUACUGUCUGAGCGACUGUCGCCUACUAUCCUAUUCUUCUCCACCAUCAUACCUGCGGCGACAUAUAUGGGAGCAUAUAGAUAUGUGAUCUUGCCACGUAAGAAAAGAAGGUUGAGAGAAAGGAUCCAAGAGCUCAGAGAGGAGAACAAGGACUUUAUAGGUCAGAAAAAGGCUGAAGCGUUGGAUGCUGUCUCUUUGAUGGAGAGAGAGAUUGAGAAAAAAGUCAAAGCUGAGAGGGACAGAAAUGGCCUUAUUAUCGUUUCGGCACAGUACGGUCUAUCAUCAUCGUUCACUUCUAGAGGUAUAAAAGAAUCAGAAAAGGACGAAGAAGAAAUAAUAGAUGUCACAGUACCUAUUCAAGCAUUAGUACAAGAUGGCAAAUUGUACAUACCAGGAGGGAAAGGUAAAUUCAAUAUAAUAGGAUUUUGGGACCCUUGCAUCGGUGAAAACAAGUCAUUACGCGUAAGAUAUCUGUUCAGAGGUGUACUACAUCAAGUGACGAUCGAGGAUACUACCGCGUUGAGGAUCCCUGUCAAAGCACACGCAUUGGAAGACGCAUAA